CUAAGUGUGAGGUUGUUGUUGUGGCGUGGUUGGUCGUCGACCACGAUAACAACUUUCUAUUUUUAGUAACCGGUUUCUCUGAAAGUGCCGUACACUAUUCCACUUUCACACUCUUUUUAUAGAAACUAUCUAACAUUUUUUGUCUUUAAUUCUUAGUAACUUAGAUAAUUUUGAGGUCGGUGUAACACAAAUAACUCAUACUUUUCCUUUUGUUAUGGUUUUGUGAAAAUCUUGAAUUUGGAUUUGUCAAGUUUGGAGCAUUUGGAGUUUGGAACUAUAGAACAACUAGAACUUAAUUUGGAGCAUUGUUGAAAAAAUAAUCAUUGAUAGAUUUUUCAAAUCGUUGGUUUAUUUUAUGCUGCAUUGUUUCAGUGAAGGAGCUUGCUAUAUGGAGCUAGGAUUCAAGCUUUCAGGACUACUUGAUGCUGGUAAAUUUGGAAGGAAUGUUUGGUGCAAAGCAAUAUUUUCAUUCAAAGGGUCUCUAACAUUAGUUCAAUUUCAAUUUCUAAUUUUCUCACCAACCUGAACAUGGAAGGCCAAUAUUCGUCAAAGGAGAGGGGUGGAAUCAGCCUUUGGACACCAUUUGAUAGUGGAAUGAAAAGUUCAUUAAAUUCAGAUGACAUGUUUAACAACAUCUCCGAGCUUAUGAACUUUGAUAGCUAUGCUGGUUGGUGCAAUGGUUCAUCAUCAAUAACUGAUCAAACUUUAACUAAUGAUCUUUCAUCAUUUGCAUAUGAUGGAUUGAAUUUAUCUGAACACAUAAAUGGUCCAUUUUUUAUGACAGAAAUUGGUGGAAAUUACAAUGUUAUGGAUAGUUAUGAUGAAAAAGUGCUAUUACAAGAAAUGGAAACUCAACUUGAGUUCUUAGAUAAUAAUUCAAAUGAAACAAAUAAUAAUUUAGAUUCACAACAAAAUGGUUCAUAUGAUAUGUGCAAUUACAUAAUAUCAAAAUCACCUAGUUGGUCACUUGAUGAGAGAAUGAUGAGUGCUUUAUCCUUCUUUAAGGAAUCAGCUGGUGGAGGAAUACUAGCACAAGUUUGGGCACCUAUAAAGUAUGGUGAUGACUUCAUCCUAACUACAAGUGAUCAACCAUAUUUGUUAGAUCAAAAGCUUGCAGGUUACCGCGAAGUUUCGAGGUCGUUUACGUUUUCUGCAGAAAUGAAAAUGGGAUCUUGUUGUGCUGGACUUCCUGGUCGCGUGUUUAACUCGCAUGUUCCUGAAUGGACCUCUAAUGUUGGUUACUACCAUAAAUCUGAGUACUUGAGAUUAGAUCAUGCUAUUAGUCACGAGGUUCGGGGAUCAAUCGCUCUUCCUAUAUCUGAUAUGAACUCUGAAGUUUCAUGUUGUGCUGUACUUGAACUUGUCACUACAAAGGAAAAGCCUAAUUUUGACAAAGAAUUAGAAUUUGUUUCUCAUGCACUUCAGCGUGUGAAUCUAAGGACUAUUAUGCCUCCACGACUUCUUCCUCAGUGUGUAUCAAGUAACAAAAGAGCUGCAUUAACAGAGAUAACUGAUGUGUUAAGAGCUGUUUGUCAUGCACAUAGUCUACCACUAGCACUGACAUGGAUUCCAUGUUGUUAUAGUGAAGGAAAAGGUGAAGAAUCUGAGCGAAUACGAAUUAAAGAAGGCCAUAUAACAAGUUCUAAUGAAAAAUGUGUAUUAUGUAUUGAAGAAUCAGCUUGCUAUAUCAAUGAUAAAAUGGUAGGAGGAUUUGUUCAUGCAUGUUCUGAACAUCAUCUUGAGGAAGGACAAGGUAUAUCUGGAAAAGCUCUUCAAUCAAAUCAUCCAUUCUUCUAUACCGAUGUGAAGGCUUAUGAUGUUAGUGAAUAUCCACUUGUUCAUCACGCGAGAAAAUAUAACUUGAAUGCUGCCGUUGCAAUUAGGCUAAGGAGUACUUAUACUAAUGAUGAUGAUUAUGUGUUAGAAUUCUUUCUUCCGAUCAAUAUGAUAGGGAGUUCGGAACAACAACUUUUAUUAGACAAUUUGUCAGAUACUAUGAGAAGAAUUUGCAAGAGUUUGAGGACAGUUUCAGAAGCUGAACUAAGAGGGAUGGAAGGUUCUCAAUAUGAGUUUCAAAAGGAAAAUGUCUCAGGUUUUUUUCCUAUGUCUCGGGGGAACUCUCAGAUAGCGUUCAGUAGUGGUGACAAUGAUUUAUUCCAGAUGUCAUUCAACGAAACGAACCUAAAAAAUAGUGGAAAUCAAGCUGCUUACAGUCAGGCAACAAGUGGAUCAAGAAAGCAGGCUGAGAAAAAGAGGAGUGCAGUGGAGAAGAAUGUUAGCUUGAGUGUUCUCCAACAAUACUUUUCUGGUAGUCUGAAGGAUGCUGCAAAAAAAAUAGGGGUUUGUCCAACAACUCUGAAGAGAAUAUGCAGACAACAUGGAAUUUCAAGAUGGCCAUCGCGCAAGAUAAAUAAAGUUAAUCGUUCAUUGAAGAAAAUACAAACCGUGCUUGAUUCUGUCCAAGGAGUUGAAGGAGUUCUGAAAUUUGACCCUCACACUGGUGGAUUUGUUGCAGGAGGUUCAAUCAUCCAACAAAUUGGUAAGCAUAAUAAAACUCUCAAGUUCCCUGAGAAAGCCUCGGUACCUAAGUUGGAGGAUGAAGAUGUUCUUGUUUCUAACUCAUGCGAGGUGGAAUUGGAGAAAGACAAUGCUAUUUCUGUUGACUGUAUUGAAGAUUCAACAACAUGGCUUUGGACAAAGACUCAGGAUUGUCCUAAACAAACCACUAUAGAUUAUGUUCUUGAAAAAGAACAAGAUCAAUGUGGGUUGGACAAUAGCAGUUUGCAUGAUAUUGGCUCUCAUAGUUCUUUUUCAAUGAUUGAACUUGGUUUCGAAGAGGGAAAAGGAGCUGAUGAACAUAACAACCCUACUUCUUCAAGCAUGACCGAUUCAUCAAAUGCCUCUGGCUCAAUGGUGAAUGGAAGUUCAUCAGGAUCUCAAAGCAUUGAGAAUCAGAAGCACUCGAAAGUCAAAUCAAUUUGUGUCGAUAGUGAGUCGAAAUUCGCUGUCAAAGCUAACUAUAGAGGAGACACUAUUCGUUUCAAGUUCGAUCCAUCUGUAGGUUGUUGUCAACUCUAUGAAGAAGUUGCAAAAAGGUUUAAGUUACAAAAUGGUUCUUUCCAACUCAAGUAUCUUGAUGAUGAAGAGGAAUGGGUGAUGUUGGUGAAUGACUCAGAUUUGAAGGAAUGUGUAGAGGUUUUGAGUGAUAUUGGUACACAUUGUGUGAAGUUGCUCGUUCGCAAUAUACAUGGCGGCAGUGACAGUUGAUUCUUCUCACUUCUCAGACAUGUCACAAUAUAUGAAAUGAUGCAUGGCUUUCAAUGCUACACUUGAAGUAUUGCUUCAACAAACAUCAGAUUCUAAAACCAUGCAAAGUGGAUGGAUUUUCCUUCUCAGACAGAUGCAAAAUUUCAAUUACAGUUAAGAUAGUGCACGUGCCAUGUGUUUUCAUUGUGUUAAAUAUUUAUUAUAGUCCUUUAAUCCUCAAAUAAGGUAGGUUGGAAUAAGGUCAAGCUUCUUUGGAGUAGUUGUUUUUACUUUAUAGAAGAUAGAAUAGUGUUUCACAUGAAUCAGUAAUAAAUAACCACAUAUAUAGCUUUGAAUGCUUUGGUCUCAGUCAGUAUAUAUUUCAACUUUCAUGGAAAAAAAUGAUCACGUGUUUACAAUUUCUA